CAAAAUCUCAUAAAUUAUGGUUUUAGAGCAUGUGUAAAGAUAACCACUCUAAUGAUUUGUCUGACUAGGUAACAUGUGAACAUCACACAUGUUACACACAAGGUGUGGCACCUUCGGAGAUCUUAUAUCCCACUUUAAUUAUGAGGAAUGCUUAAGAGUCACCUAAAUUAAUUGACCACUAAUUAAUCUUUGUUAUAUAAUUAAGGUUAUUAAUAUGAACUGACUCAUUUUAUCCCUUAGACACGGAAUUAGAAGCGGCAUUGCAAGGAGUGAAAUGCUUGGGUUCGUCGCUUACAGUAAACAUUGCGAAAUUUGAUAGGAAGGUAUCGUCCAAGCAGAAAAUGGAAUCAAAGCAUAACCAAAACUAUGUGCAAAGAACCAUUGGUCAGGCGUUCCGGGAUGGUAGAACUGUUGCGGAGGUGAUGACAGGGAAGAUCAAAAAUUCCCCUCCCCCACCUAGGCUAUCAAAAAAGUCGGUGGCUCUUGCAGACGGAACAAUUAUGGCGGAAUGGUUACACAACCCGUUAACCUUAGUUGGCGAAGUGCAUAGCCUGGAGAAACUAAGAAACGUCCCACUCGAUAUUAGAAUGGGAAGUAAGAACACAUAUGGGAUGAAAUACCUUGGAGGUUUAAUGGUGGGGAUGCACUUCCAGUUCCCAUCUGAUGUUGAAGAUUUCUUAUCAAAGAAACAAUAUUGGGGUGAAUGGUUUUAAGAGUUCAAUUUUGGAAACUUAGUGGAUGGGAUCUUUGAUAGAAUCGCUUGGAUUAAAAUCGUUGGGGUCCCAGUGAAACUCUGGAAUGAAGAAAAUUUCUCCAGAAUUGCCAGUGAAUUCGGGAAAGUAGCAGCUCCAGUAGAGAUUCUACCAAGUAUACAGGACCUCACCAUGGGGAACGUAUGCAUUCUAACAGGAAGCAAAAGGAGAAUCAACGACGAAGUUUUGGUGGAAUCCAAUCGAAACAUCCUUAAAGUUGGCGUGAUAGAGAGCGAAUAUGACUGGUCCCCAUUUCCUUCUGGAAACGAUGAUGACGAAGGGAUUUCGGAGACAAUCCUGGCUAAUGAUUCGGAGACAAUAGCCAUGGAAGCAGUUGCGAAUGACAUUCCGGUGAUGGUAGCAGUGUCGUCCCCUAUGGUGGGGGAGGUUGUCGCCGAUCUGUAUGAAGGCCAACAGUCGUAUAGGGAAAGUCAACAGCCGAUUAUUAAUUUUGAUAGGCGGGGGAAUAAGGAUAUAAUUAAGGGAAAAUGACCUUUUAGGGUAAUAAAGUCUUCUACAAGUAUUCAUUUCGUCACUUUUCUUUUUUCUGUAUUCCAUUUACCAUUGAUCUUGUUGUAGAUGUUCAAAAGAUACCAUUAUUACCGGGUAUUGAAGGUUUAUGUCACUCCGAUCGUCUUCUCCGGUGAGUUUCCGGCUAAAUGCUUUUAGCAACAAUUUCCGAUCUAAAAACGAUUUCAAGAACACUCACUUCCAUCUGUUCGUUUGUUUCUGUGAACGAUUUUAGUUUUCAUGUUCUUCGUUCAUGUUUAAUUUCUGGGUUCAUGUUCAAGAACACACAAAAAAAUGAUUGUGUGUGCUCAUCAGUGGGUUUGAAUGUCAAGAAAGUGAAGGAUUGAAAGUGUGUCGGAUCUGAGAGGUGUUCAUCUUCAUCAUGUUCAAGAACACACAAAAAAUUUAUGGGUUCAUGUUCUUCAUCUUCACCUGUUCAGAAACACUUUGGUUUGCACACAAAUCUUCAAAGAUCCCAACGAUUUCAGAUCAAAAAAAUGAUUUCAAGAAAAUUUAUGGGUUCAUGUUCUUCAUCUUCACCUGAUCAUCUUCAUCGUGUUCAUCUUCAUCAUGUUCAAGAACGGUUUCUUAUUGUUCUUGAAAACCCAGAAAUGCAACCCUUGAAAUCGAAGGUUUCAGUUCAUUGGGUUUGAGUUCGAGAAAUAAAAACAGAUGAAGAGUUUCAGGUUUUGGGUUUGAACACAUUUGGAAUCGUUUUCUGGGUAAGAGCUUCAAGAAAUUAAGAUCUUCAUUUCUUUAGUUCUUGAAUCGUGAGUUCCAGAAGAAAACGAGCCCUAGAUUUUAGGGAUCUUGAUUUUCAAGUUUUGGGUUUGAAUCUAGAUUCUUGUGAGUUCCCUUGGUUUUGAAAUCAAUUUUAAGAAGCACACCACAAAACAAUCUAGAUUUCAGAUUUGUGUA